AUGUGCUCCGGGCUCCCGGCUCUCCUGCUGCCCAUCUGGCUCUCCUGGACCCUGGGGACGCGAGGCUCAGAGCCCCGCAGCGUGAACGAUCCUGGGAACAUGUCCUUUGUGAAGGAGACGGUGGACAAGCUGUUGAAAGGCUACGACAUUCGCCUAAGACCCGACUUCGGGGGUCCCCCGGUCUGCGUGGGGAUGAACAUCGACAUCGCCAGCAUAGACAUGGUUUCCGAAGUCAACAUGGAUUACACCUUGACCAUGUAUUUUCAACAAUACUGGAGAGAUAAAAGGCUCGCCUAUUCUGGGAUCCCUCUCAACCUCACGCUGGACAAUCGAGUGGCUGACCAGCUCUGGGUGCCUGACACAUAUUUCUUAAAUGACAAAAAGUCAUUUGUGCAUGGAGUGACAGUGAAGAACCGCAUGAUCCGCCUCCACCCCGACGGGACGGUGCUCUACGGGCUCAGAAUCACCACAACCGCAGCAUGCAUGAUGGACCUGAGAAGAUACCCUUUGGAUGAGCAGAACUGCACUCUGGAGAUUGAAAGCUAUGGCUACACCACGGAUGACAUUGAAUUUUACUGGCGCGGUGGUGAUAAGGCUGUUACUGGAGUGGAGAGAAUUGAGCUCCCACAGUUCUCCAUCGUGGAGCAUCGUCUGGUCUCCAGGAAUGUUGUUUUUGCCACAGGUGCCUACCCUCGGCUCUCACUGAGCUUUCGGUUGAAGAGAAACAUUGGAUACUUCAUUCUCCAGACCUACAUGCCCUCUAUCCUAAUUACAAUUCUCUCAUGGGUAUCCUUCUGGAUCAAUUAUGAUGCAUCUGCGGCUAGAGUUGCCCUUGGGAUCACCACCGUGCUGACCAUGACGACCAUCAACACACAUCUUCGGGAGACGUUGCCCAAAAUCCCCUAUGUCAAAGCCAUUGACAUGUACCUCAUGGGCUGCUUUGUCUUUGUGUUUCUGGCCCUUCUGGAGUAUGCCUUUGUCAACUACAUUUUCUUUGGAAGAGGCCCUCAAAGGCAGAAGAAGCUUGCGGAAAAGACCGCCAAGGCAAAGAAUGACCGUUCAAAGGGUGACAGCAACCGGGUGGAUGCUCAUGGAAAUAUUCUGUUAACAUCGCUAGAGGUUCACAAUGAAAUGAAUGAGGUCACAGGUGGCAUUGGUGAUACCAGGAAUUCAGCAAUAUCCUUUGACAACUCAGGAAUCCAGUACAGGAAACAGAGCAUGCCUCGGGAAGGGCAUGGGCGACACAUGGGGGACAGAAGCAUCCCGCACAAGAAGACCCAUCUACGGAGGAGGUCUUCACAGCUCAAAAUUAAAAUCCCUGAUCUAACCGAUGUGAAUGCCAUAGACAGAUGGUCCCGGAUCGUGUUUCCAUUCACUUUUUCUCUUUUCAACUUAGUUUACUGGCUGUACUAUGUUAACUGA